GCAGAUACACACAGAGGGACUUUGACUCUCCUUUGUGAAGUAAGCCUGCUCUCCGCCUUCUCCUUCGGCCUUCCUCUUCUCUCACACUUUUGCUCACCCACACACAGACAAGCAGCAAUGGAGUACAGAGCCACCAGCUACCGUUCCGGCCCAACCGUGACGAAGAGAAGCUUCACCAGCCAGUCGGCCAUCGUCCCCACCGCCGGUUCCCGUGUCAGCUCCGUGUCCGUUCGCCGCUCUGGCGUUGGCUCCGGCGUUGGCGGCGGGUUCGGCGGCGCCAGCAUGGGUGGCGGCAGCUAUAGCUUCAGCAGCAGCAGCAUGGGUGGCGGCUACGGCGGCGGCUAUGGUGGCGGCUACGCAGGAGCGCCCAUCACCGCGGUGACAGUCAACCAGAGCCUGCUGGCCCCCCUCAACCUCGCGAUCGACCCCACGAUCCAGGCUGUGAGGACGCAGGAGAAGGAGCAGAUCAAGACCCUCAACAACCGCUUCGCCUCCUUCAUUGACAAGGUGCGUUUCCUGGAGCAGCAGAACAAGAUGCUGGAGACCAAGUGGAGUCUCCUGCAGGACCAGACCACCACCCGCUCCAACAUCGACGCCAUGUUUGAGGCCUACAUCUCUAAUCUGCGCCGCCAGCUCGAUGGCCUGGGCAAUGAGAAGUGCAAGCUGGAGGGAGAGCUGAAGAACAUGCAGGGCCUGGUGGAGGACUUCAAGAUGAAGUAUGAAGAUGAGAUCAACAAGCGUGCAGGUGCAGAGAACGACUUUGUCCUCCUCAAGAAGGAUGUCGAUGCUGCCUACAUGAACAAGGUGGAGCUGGAGGCUAAGGUCGACGCCCUGCAGGACGAAAUCAACUUCCUUAGGGCCGUUUAUGAGGCGGAGCUGCGUGAGCUGCAGUCACAGAUCAAGGACACCUCAGUUGUCGUGGAGAUGGACAACAGCAGGGGCCUGGACAUGGACUCCAUCGUGGCUGAAGUGCGCGCUCAGUAUGAGGACAUCGCCAACCGCAGCAGAGCUGAGGCAGAGACCUGGUACAAACAGAAGUACGAGGAGAUGCAGUCCUCAGCAGGUCAAUACGGAGAUGAUCUGCGCUCCACAAAGGCAGAGAUCGCCGAGAUCAACCGCAUGAUCGCCCGUCUGCAGAACGAAAUCGAUGCUGUCAAGGGACAGCGUGGCAACCUUGAGGCACAAAUCGCAGAGGCUGAGGAGCGUGGGGAGCUGGCAGUGAAAGAUGCCCGUGUCCGCAUCAAGGACCUGGAGGAUGCCCUCCAGCGCGCCAAGCAGGACAUGGCACGCCAGGUGCGCGAGUACCAGGAGCUCAUGAACGUCAAGCUGGCGCUGGACAUUGAGAUCGCCACCUACAGGAAGCUGCUGGAAGGAGAGGAGAAUAGGCUGACUUCAGGUGGCUCCAAUGCUGUUGUUCAUGUCCAACAGAGCAGUGGUGGAACUCUCUCAAGCGCUGGCGGCUUUGGAUAUGGUGGUGGAUAUGGUAUGGGUGGCAGUAUGAGCAGCGGUGGAUAUGGUAUGGGUGGCGGUAUGAGCAGCGGUGGCACCACCAUCACCAAAUCCUCAGUGAUGUCCAGCAGCAGUUCACGGCGUUACUGAAAAGCCCACACUCCCUCGCUAACACUACUCCAGUUCCUCAAACCCAACCCUUAAACCUUUCAUUGCCGGCCAUUAACCUUUAUGCAUACAUUGAAGUUCCAAACGUAAUCUUGACCCCGAUGUCACCAGCUUACAGUGACAUGACAAAAUAACAAGUGAGCCAGCGGCCAUCAGAAGGGGGAGGUGCAAUCGUUUGACCCCACCCCCAUUGCCCACAAAGGGGUGUGGUCAUUUCUGGUGCUCCCGUUCUCAGGGUACUAAAUGUUUACAAAUUACGUGGUAAAAUGAGUCAAUUUGUUUGUGCCCAUGAUAACUAAACAUGGCACAAUUUUCUCUGUUAAAGUUGAAAACUACAUUUAUGUCAAAUGGCUCAGAAACUGUAAAAGGAAGUUAGGUCAAAAGUACCUGACCACUACCACCACCACACACACAACCCUCCUCCCUCUGUCUUACUGGCACUGUUUGCUCUCCUGUCGCAAAAUCUAAACAGAAGCAUUGUUGUAACCAGGUUUAUUUUUGAUCAGACCAUCAGUAAACAUAAAUAAAUCUGAGAUAUAAAGACA